ACAUAUAUCACUCCGGACCUUUGAAAGACAAAUAAAUAAAAUUUUAAAAAAUAAUAAUAAUAAUUCGCAAGGUUUUAUCGCGAAGAACCCUAACCAACACAAAAUCAGUCUUCACAAUCCCUCAUUUUCGAUCUUCAUUCAUUUAUCGGUUGACUGUCUUGUUGGGUACGAUUCUUUGCAUUUGAUAUUCUAAGUCAAUAUGGAUAUGGAGCGGUCCAGUAGACAACGUGGGAGAAGUGUUGAGACUAGGGAUCAGGACGAGUCUCCAUUGGGUGAGAGGUGGAAGGGGGAAUACGAUGAUGUGGAAAACGAUAAAUCACGAGAAUCGAAGCAUCGUAGUAAGGAGAAAAGUAGGAGUAGUCGAAGAGAAGAGAAGGAUCACAGAAGUAGAGAUCGAGAAAAGUCAAAGGUUAGUGAGGCGUCUAAAGAGAGAGACAGAGAGUCUAAAGGCUCUUUGAAAGAUGGUGGGAGAGACCGAAGAAAGGAAGAUGGAGAUGAUCGUGAUAAGGAGCGGACCAGAGAUGAUCGUGAUAGGGAGAGGACCAGAGAUAGGGUGAGAGAAAAAGAAAAUGAUCGGGAAAAGUAUCGUGAUAGAGAGCGGGCCAAGGAUAAAGAUCGUGAAAAGGGAUCUGACAAAGGAAAAGAGAAAAUAAGAGAAAAGGAGAGAGAGAAAACAAAAGAUCGUGAGAAAGAUAGAGAUACACACGGGGACAAGGAUAAGGACAGGGACAGAGAGAGGAUUAGGGAGAGGGAAAGAGAUAAGGUGACCCGAAAGCAACAUGACGAGUCCCAUGAUAGAACUAAAGAUUCGGGAAAGGAUGUUGUAGAUUCAGAUUCCGAGGAGGGUCAGUACAAGGAUACAAGUAAGCAUGGUACUGGGUCUCAUCGUGACAGUGAUGACAAUCAUACGUUUAAGAAUGAAGCCAAAACUGUAGGUGAUCAUGGAGGAUCCCAGCCUUCUGCAUCUGAACUCGAAGAUCGCAUUAAGAGGAUGAAAGAAGAACGGAUGAAAAAGGAGUUGGAAGACCCUUCAGAUGUAUUAUCGUGGGUUAGUAAAAGCCGAAAGCUUGAGAAGAAAAAAGCAAUGCAAUUCUCAAAGAUGCUGGAGGAACAGGACAAUCAAGGAGACGAUGAAGAUGAACCGCUAGCUCGCCAGCACACAUCUCGUGACCUUGCUGGGUUCAAAAUCCUUGAUGGCCUUGACAAAGUGAUUGAAGGUGGUGCAGUUGUUUUGACACUGAAAGAUCAGAGCAUACUUGCCGAUGGUGACAUAAAUGAAGAGAUUGAUAUGCUUGAAAAUGUGGAGAUUGGUGAGCAGAAGCGGAGAAAUGAAGCUUAUAAGGCUGCUAAAAAGAAAACUGGAGUCGAUGAUGACAAGUUCAAUGAAGACCCUGGAUUUGAAAAGAAAAUGCUUUCACAAUAUGAUGACCCUGUUGUGAACGAGGGUGUAGUUCUUGAUGAAAGUGGGCGCUUUAGUGGUGAAGCUGAGAAAAAACUGGAGGAGCUCCGGAAACGGAUAGAUGGUGUAUCUGUGACCACUCGUUUUGAAGAUCUUACAUCAACUGGAAAGGUCUCAACAGACUAUUAUACUAGUGAAGAGAUGAUGAAGUUCAAGAAGCCCAAGAAAAAGAAAUCACUGAGGAAAAAGGAUAAAUUGGAUAUUGAGGCCCUCGAGGCAGAAGCUCGAUCAGCAGGGCUGGGUGCUGGAGAUCGUGGUUCACGGGCUGAUGGACAAAGGCAGGCCCAAAAGGAGAAACAAGAGAGAUCUGAGGCUGAAAUGAGAAGCAAUGCAUUCCAAUCUGCAUAUAUCAAGGCAGAUGAAGCAUCUAAAGCGCUGCGAAUGGAGCAAACUGUUGCUGUUCAAAAUGAGGAUGAAGAUACUUUAGUUUUUGGUGAUGAUGAUGAGGAUCUUCGUAAAUCGUUACAAAGGGCAAGAAAAGUUGCUCUUAAGCAGCAAGAGAAUGGGACAUCAUCUGGGCCCCAGGCAAUCGCUCUACUUGCAUCUUCCACAUCCAGCAAAGCAGAUGCUGAAAAUGUAGAGUUACAAGAAAAUAAGGAAUCUCAAGAAAAUAAGGUUGUUUUUACAGAGAUGGAAGAAUUUGUAUGGGGUCUUCAGCUUGAUGAAGAAGCUCAUAACCCUGAUGCUGAAGAUGUUUUUAUGGAGGAGGAUGUAGCACCUCCAUCAUCUGAUCAAGAGCUUAAAGGUAAAGAUGGUGUCUGGGAAGAGGUGAAAGAUACUAUUCAGGAUGAAACGAUGGCAGAUGAGCUACAAGAUGUGAAGCCAGAUGACACAAUUCAUGAGAGCUCACUUGGAAAAGGGUUAGCUGGUGCACUUCAGCUACUUAAAGAACGCGGAACUCUUAAAGAUACUGUUGAAUGGGGUGGUCGAAAUAUGGACAAGAAAAAGAGUAAACUCGUCGGCCUUGUUAACGAGAAUGAUGAUAAGAAAGAAAUCCGUAUUGAGAGGACGGAUGAAUAUGGACGAAUCUUGACUCCCAAGGAAGCCUUUAGGCUGAUUUCACAUAAAUUCCACGGAAAGGGUCCUGGCAAAAUGAAACAAGAAAAGCGGAUGCGCCAAUAUCACGAGGAGCUGAAGGUGAAGCAAAUGAGAAAUGCAGACACACCAUCGAUGUCCGUCGAGAGGAUGAGGGAAGCUCAAUCUAAAAUGAAGACACCUUACCUUGUUCUCAGUGGUCACGUCAAAUCAGGGCAAACAAGUGAUCCAAAAAGUGGUUUUGCAACCAUGGAGGACUUUCCCGGGAGUUUGACCCCCAUGCUUGGUGACAGAAAGGUCGAACACUUCUUGGGUAUCAAGCGCAAAUCUGGACCCGGGGAUAUGGGCCCUCCAAAGAAGCCUAAAACUUGAAAGUUGCUUGUUUGAGUUUUAGCAUCAAGAGAACCUAAGAUACAAAAAAUGAAGCAGAUACUUGCAAGAUCUAUUAUUGACUUGAGAGCUCAUGGUUUGUCAAUCUUAUAUGUAAAACCAUCUUCCAAGAUCGCAAGUGUUUAAUAUAGGCAUCCCCAACUACAAGUUUGGAUGACUUAUCUUGUCUCUUUUUCUCUCUUGUUUGUUCCUUUUGUAACCCACAUCGAAUCUUUGUAAUAGAUACAACAGAUGUGAGAAUCAAGGGGACAAGAUUGCCGAAUUCUUUCAAAUAGUUUUUGAAGAUGGUCAUUGAUGAAAUAAAAAGACAGGCGCAUUAUGCUAUUUUUA